CUCCGGCUGUCCGCGGCACCCGUAACUUUUUAGUAACUAUUUAAAUAAAUCGCCAAAAUUGCAAUAACUUACUGCCAAGAAAUCCGUCUGCGAAUAGUGGAAGACACAGAGUGUCCGUUGCAAUUCGGUUUAUUUAAUUGUUAUUAAGUGGAGUUUUUCGUUAGACGUUUUCGGCGUUCCGGUCCGGCAGACUCGCUGAAUUCGCCCAAACUCAGUUUCCACGCCAGCGGCGAGCAACUCUUCCGAAUUCGAUUUUUGUAAUUUACACAUUUCACUAGAAAUUCGCGCGUGAGUGGCGAAAAUCCAACAUUUCUUCUGCUUUUUGAUUCGAAAAAGAUGAAAAGCUAGCAAAGCUUUCUGGGCUACCUGUCUCUUUCUAACACUGAUAUAAGGACUUUGCGACGACUGUGCACUUCCAUUUUUCCAAAUUUUCAAGAGUUCUGGAGGAAAGCGAGGUGGAAGUCGUAGCCCCAGAGACUAGAAACUAAGUAAGCGAUCCGUGAUCCUUUGCCAGAUCCUCUAAUGAUUUACUGUUCUUUCAGUAGAGUAAUACAUAGAUCCCCUCCCGGCGCCGGCGUGUGUAGUACGGAAUUCCGUUUCGAGCACACUCCCAUCGCAAACAAUGUUUUAAUUAGAUCAAAGUAACCGAAAAGUUGUUAUUUACGUUAAUCGCAUCAUUACGUGGAUUGUCCGCUCGAGUCCAAAUUCAAAAUUCCAGCAACUCCUGCAUUUAGUCCUGCCGUAGUGUUCCUCGAUGGGAUAAUAAAUUUACUAAAAAUUAGUGAAUAACGCAAAACCGCAGAAAAAUUGUUUGAAUACCAAUCAAAGAAGAAAGUGAAGUUUCGUUCCGUAAUAUCCUUGCCAAUGUUCUGAUUGUUCUGGUUGAAUUACAAGUUUUGCCCGACGAGUGCGCUUUCCGUUGCUGUAACUUCCAUUUCCGGGAAUUGCUGAUUUUUGGCGUUCUUGGUCGUUCCGUUUCGAUUGCGAAAACCGCAGAGUGUGUGCCCUCGACAAGUACGUAGUAUCCCAGUGGUUGUAGCCGUUGCCCAGAUCAGUACGGUGUGUCCGGAUCCUUGCUCGAAAGGAGGUAAACGGAGAUUUGCCGCAAGCCUUCUAGCAUUAGCCGAAAAAGUGGCCAAUUAUUGAUUAACGGCACUUGACUCAUAAUCCUUACGAUGUCAUCAGAGUUGGACCAAUUUGCAGAGUUAGAGCUCUCGAAGGAGGAUCGCGAACAGAUAUUCGACCCUCCCUCAGACCGACCGCAGGAAGGCGCUGCUUCAACAUCAAGCCCAUCGUCAAAAAUAGUGAUAAGCGGUAUACCGCUGCAUGCACAUUUCGAUGACAUCGAACCUCUUCUAAAGCCAUACGGCAAGGUGGAACAGUGUGACGCUGUUACAAGUAAGGACCCAAACACUCAGACUGUACAAAUAACUUUCGAAAAUCCCGACCAGGCGCAAAGAGCUGCUAGUGGAUUGAACGGUGUAGAAUUUGAAGGAAGUAAAUUGCACGUAGAGCAAGUGGAAAAACAGCGUCGUAGUAAUCGGGCUAGAAGUCAAUACGCCGGUAUGCCAGGACCAGGACGACAGGCUGACUUUCCCCUACGUCUCCUCGUGCAGAGUGAAAUGGUAGGAGCAAUUAUAGGUCGACAGGGUAGCACUAUCCGCACAAUCACUCAACAGAGCAGAGCGCGCGUCGAUGUCCAUCGUAAGGACAAUGUAGGUUCGCUGGAAAAAGCAAUCACAAUUUAUGGAAAUCCAGAAAAUUGCACAAAUGCCUGCAAGAGAAUUUUAGAAGUGAUGCAACAAGAAGCUAAUAAUACAAAUAAGGGUGAAAUAUGUUUAAAAAUUCUCGCUCACAACAAUUUGAUAGGCCGAAUCAUAGGCAAAAGUGGUAACACCAUAAAACGGAUAAUGCAAGAAACGGACACGAAAAUCACAGUGAGUUCGAUAAAUGACAUCAACAGCUUUAACUUGGAGCGAAUUAUCACGGUAAAAGGAUCCAUUGAGAAUAUGUCUAAAGCUGAGAGUCAGAUAAGCGCGAAGCUGCGUCAGAGUUACGAGAAUGAUCUGCAAGCGAUGGCACCGCAGAGUCUCAUGUUCCCGGGACUGCAUCCUAUGGCUAUGAUGUCUACUCCUGGAAACGGUAUGGUAUUCUCUCCUGGAAUGUCUUAUGCUUGUUCGGGUUAUCCUAUGGCUAAAUCCCCAGCUAUUAUACCGCCCGCCUUCCCCAAUGACAUACAAGAGACGACUUAUCUUUACAUACCGAAUAACGCGGUUGGUGCUAUAAUCGGAACCAAAGGAUCGCACAUACGUAACAUAAUGAGAUUCUCAGGGGCGUCGGUGAAGAUUGCGCCCCUAGAGGCUGACAAACCCGUCGAGCAACAGAUGGAACGCAAGGUAACGAUCGUGGGCACACCCGAAGGCCAGUGGAAGGCGCAGUACAUGAUCUUCGAGAAGAUGCGGGAGGAAGGUUUUAUCUGCGGGACAGAUGAUGUUCGACUAACAGUUGAAAUAAUGGUCGCAAGUUCACAGGUUGGACGAAUUAUUGGUAAAGGAGGACAGAAUGUUCGGGAAUUGCAACGAGUUACAGGAAGUAUUAUAAAGCUGCCUGAACAUGGGUCGGCGCCACCAGGUGAUGAAGAGACCACAGUUCAUAUUAUAGGGCCAUUUUUCAGUGUUCAGUCUGCACAACGCCGUAUCCGAGCGAUGAUGAUGUCAACAAAUCCACCUCCAGUCACCAAAAAACAGAAAGCUGCCAAAGAACAAACAUCAUCUAGUUCUGGACCAACGCAGACUCAGCAAGCUCAACAGCAGCAGCAAUCGACGAGUACGAGUCAAUAAGCGGAGCAGCACUCAAAAACCAACCAAUAAAUGAAGAAAAAAAAACAAAAACAAAAAACAAAUCUCUUCGACUUCAAGUAAAAAUAAAUUCCCCUAAAACUACAAAACUACAAAAAUUGCAUAAAAAUAAUUCUCAUAAAUCCUACGUAACCAAAACUGGUUAUUUGCGCGAUAAUAUAUAAUUCAGAAGCUGCAUAAAACUCCCAGAGAGCACGUCACUACCCUUAGUUUAAAGUAGAGAGAAAAUGAGAAAUGAAAUUUCCAAAUAGAAAAAAAUAAAAAAUUCAAAAGUCUAAAACAGAAAAGCAAAUGAAAACAAGGAAAAGAACCAUGCAAACCCACGAAUGUAUUUUGACUAUCUUAUUAAAAAUGAAAUUCUCGUAACGGGGUUGAACAUCCGUGAUUGUAUUGAAAACGUCCCACACGUAAUAGGUAUGAGGAAAACCUGGAAAUUGAUUGUAACUGUUUAUAUUUAAUUUUUUGAAUGGCAUUUUGUCCUUCCACCAUUUACGCCGCUGUCAAUUUAUAUACGAAUAGAAAUUUUUUAGUCAGUUGCAAAUACAACCACACCUCCCCAAAUCACACAGUAGCACACACACACAUCUUAUUUUCAGUGUUAAAUAAUCAAAAUAUAAUUGUUAAGCUUAUAAAAAUGUCCUGUUAAGAUAUGAAAAAUUCAAAUAAAAAGAAAAAUACAAUUUCGAACCUGGUUCCUCGAGGGUGGUAGAAGGUGGGUGGUGGGUAUCACGUGUGUGUGUAAAUGUUGGAAUAGGAAUUUCGUUAGUAGAAUUUUGUUCGCUUAUUGCAAUGACUCCAUAUUUUGAAGGUGACGUGAUGUAUUCCCGAAACUUUCAGAUAAAACAGAAUGAUAGAAUCACCAACUGAUGUAUUUAAUAGUUGUGGAUUUUGAUUGAUGAGCUAUGCUUGAGCUACCUGUGGAUCGAGCGCUACGGCCCAUUUCCUUUAUUACGAAUGCCUACCCUAUUGCGGCUAAGAUCAAUGGCUCCUUGUCCGAGUAUUUUCUUUUUGCAGUUCUCGAAUACAUGAAAUCCGCCCAUACAUCAGUUACUGUUUUCAACGCAAAAUUCCAUGGCCGCGACCCCUUUGCCAUUCUUUGCUGGCAAGGGCGGUUGAACCGUGUGCAUAUUGCACUUUUAUAAAUCUCCCAUCUUGCUUCAACCUAAGAAAACAAUCGUAUUUACGCGUGCGUAUACACUUUUGUGACGUUUAAAUACAUGGACAAGUGUUGGUGGGAUGAAAAGGGAACUAAUGAAAUGCUAUUUAUAUAAUAAUAAUUCACAGGAAUAAUCAAUGAAAUGGCACGGAAUCUGCUAGCAAUGGUCAGUAGUUGAUUAGUGCAUUCGACGGAAAAUACCAUUACUGUGCUCUCAAGACAUUCACUGGUUUGAUCUACAUACGCAACUCAAUGAACAUAUAAUGUAUGGUCUGCAAGAAAACAAAUACCUCAUAAAGUGCAUUAUAUUAUAACUAAUGAUAUAUUUAAAAGAAAAACAUAUAUGUAAGAAAAGAGAAGUUAAACGAACAACGCACGGCUCCUUAGGACUGCCCGAGGUGCGGGGCAUUGCAAGUAAGGAGCCGCUCACCGAACAUGGUUACUGUUUCUUAUGUAUGACACUAAACGACUUUUGAAUUGACGACAACCAAUUAACAAUACAAAGUACCAAAUGAAAAACGAAUCCACUUUACCAAUAAUGUAAAAAUAGUUGGAAUGAGAUGAGGACUCCAAGUGACGUCAUUAGCCUUCUUUGUUGUUUCACACCAAAUACGUGCAUUAAUGUUAUUGUUUUUAUUGUUCAGUAACUAUAGAGAACCUCUUUAUUUAUUUCACAUGCUCUGUCUACAGUUAAUCUGUUAUACAUACAAACAUACAAUAGAUUAGUGAAAUUUAACACUUUGAAAUAUAAUAGUAUGCAACACUGGUACCUAAACAAAUCAAAAUAGUUUUACAAUAGGAUUCGUAUUUAUUUAUAACAAUCUACUUCUACAUACACUAUUGCUACAUAUUAUUAGAGGGAAUAAAGAAAUAAAUACAUUGAAAUCAAUAGAUCACGUAA